CUGACUGACUGCGAGAAGUCAAAAAGCCUCACUCCUGUUGAUAAGAUUUCAAUUGAAUUAUUACAAAUAAAUGCGUACAAAAUGUUAACUGCCAAUCACUCAGCAUGGCAAUAAAUACGUUCAGAUUGAUCUGCCUGCUUGGUGUUUUCUAUAUCACCAUUCAUCAUCACGAUGCGAAAUCGAUUCUUAUUCAAGAGUUAACUAAAUGGACGUUGAGAAAUGAAAACUCCUCACUGGAAACUAGCGUAUCCCGUAUGCCGACUGGAGUAUACACUGCGCUUAAAGAUACUUAUGGAGACUUACUGGAUCCCGGAAAUGAUGCAGCUCUUCGCUGGAUAGCCAACCAAUCGUGGAUAUUCAGCACAAAAUUUGACAGCGCCGAAAUGGGUCACGAAAUGGUGAACCUGACGCUCCACGGAAUCGACACCGUAUCCAGAGUACGCGUGAACGGGCAAGAACUUGGCGAGACUGACAACAUGUUCGUCCGCUACUCGUUCGCCAUAGGCCACCUGCUCCUACCUAGCCCCAAUCAAAACAUUUUGGAGGUUGAGAUUCUCUCGCCCUUACAGGAGGCAAGUCGGCGCUUUCGAGAGUUGCAAAACGAGGGAGUUUUUACGGGACCUCCCAGCUGCCCAAGGGCACGUGGAGACGUCGAAUGCCAUCGGAAUUAUCUGCGGAAAAUGCAAAUGAGCUUCGGUGGCGAGUGGAAUCCUGUAGCGCUUUCCUCGGGUAUAUGGAAGCCUGUUGCAGUCGAGUACUAUACAGUGGCUGUGCUGCGUGACGUAGACGUGGCCAUCAAGAGGAACGAAACUUACUGGACGUUGGAUUGUCGCGCCUUUCUCAGUACUCCGGCAACCGAGGAUUUUUAUGUCGACCUUAAGGUUUAUGCCAGUGAUCUCUUAGAUAAACCAUUUGUUCUGGAAAAACAAAUUGUUUCGUUCGCGUCUCCCGUACUAGAGUUCAAAAUAUCGAUACCUAAAGACCGAGUAACUAUGUGGUGGCCCAACGGCUACGGCAAGCAAAUGCUCUACCCAAUACUUUUCAAAGUAAAAUGCUAUACUAGCGAAGCUGGCCACGACCUAAGCGCCCGCACAGAGUCACAGAAGAUAUUAAAGGUUGGGUUUCGCAUCCUAGAGCUGGUAGAGAACGAAGAUCAGAACGGCAGGACAUUUCUUUUCCGAGUGAACGGACAUCCGAUCUUCAUGAAAGGCGUGAAUUACGUACCUGCUCAUACACUUCCGGAGUUGUCAGCUGAGACGGAGUCAGUCGAAUAUUUGCUGAAAGCCGCACACAAGGCCAACAUGAACAUGAUUCGUGUUUGGGGCGGAGGUCUCUACGAGUCGGAAAACUUCUACAACUUGGCUGAUUUCUACGGACUUCUCGUGUGGCAGGACAUGGCGUUUUCCCGUGCAGCAUAUCCCUUGGCAAAAGACUUCGUGGCCUCCGUCCGUCUAGAAACGGCUCAAAACGCUCAGCGCCUUUCAUAUCACCCAAGCCUUGCAUUAAUCGUAGCUAAUAACGAGAUCGAGCUUUACCUUGUAACAAACAAAUCAGAUUUUGGGGAAGACGCCAACCGCGUUGAGAGUGAUUAUAAUGCUCUAUUUGAAACCAUAAUAGGAGAACUGAGUGUCAUAUCUCGUGGUGAUUUCAGUCCUCGUCCUGGUCCAAUGAUUUCAACACCCUCGAUAGGGGUCGCACAAUCAGGUGCUGAAAUGACUAAAAAUCCUCAAGAUCCAAAUUAUGGCGAUGUGCAUUUCUGGGUAGACGACAAGGAUGCUUUUAGUCCCGAAACAUAUCCGCACGCUCGAUUUGUUUCUGAGUUCGGUUACGCAAGUCUUCCAAUGCUCUCGACAUGGCAGCGUGCGCUGGGAAAUGGCUCAAAUGUCAAUAGCGAGGAUAUUGCUUCCCUCAUCCGAAGCCGGCAGCAUGACGUAAAGGGAUUCAUUCCGAUGCUUCAGCAAAUCUCGUAUCAACUUCCGUUCACUCCCCAGCACUGGGACGAGAACAUUGAAAAGUUCAUAUAUUUCAGCCAGGUGGCACAGGCCAUGGCGACGAAGACAGCGGUCGAACUGUUUCGUAGUCUACGCACUGGAAACCAGACAAUGGGCGCCCUAAUCUGGCAGCUGAACGACGUUUGGGUGGCUCCCACAUGGUCGUGCAUUGACUUCUACGGAAACUUUAAAUUGAUUUACUACUGGGCCAAGGAAUUCCUGGCCUCAAAAAGCGUUAUUGCCUUGUAUGACGCUAGCUCAAAUAAUCUUAACAUCACGCUCACUCGGGAGGAUUAUGCGGACCAUUUAGACUCCCAGUUUUAUUAUGUGCUAGUAAACACCUACCUUUGGACUGAUCUCAUUGCUAAGAAGACAAUCGCACGUGCCUUUGGUUUGGGAUCUAAUCAGCUUGAAGUGCGCCCCAUACCUUUGGAACUGUUGCUAAUCGAAAACCAUUCCAAAGAAGAAAUAUUCUUAGAAAUAGUUUUAGAGGAUAAAGAUGGGGAGCCUGUGGCUCGAAAUUAUUACUAUCCAGUCCCUAUGAAAAAUAUCAGUGGAAUAAAGGACCCAGAACUUACAGUGCAAGUCGCAGGUCAAGAAUGCAGCAAUACACAGCCCCCGUAUAGCAACAGUUUCAGUUUGCUUAUUACAGUGCGGUUUCCGGCCUUACUGGUUUAUCUUGAAUUGAUCCAUCCGGAAUACAUCAUGAAACGCCAUACGUUCUCCUUAAAUGGCUUUACUCAGACAGCACCAAGGAAAACGAUCUACUUGGUCUUCGAGGACGACUCGGAAUGCCUUACGCUAGAUAGCGCUAACAUUAAGGUUCAAACUAUCAACCAAUAUUUAUUACAAAAUAAUUAAUAUUGUGAAACUGUAUUUAGAUGGCAAUUGACUUUUAUUUGUGUAAUCUUAAACAACAUUUUUACACGGAUAUG